AUGGCGGAUCGCGUAAGGGACAAUGCAGAUGAGGCCGCCGAUUUCGAGACGGCGAUCGCUGAGUGCGGUUUCGGGCUGUUCAACGUGUUCAUCCUGUGCAGCGCGGUGCCCUGCCUCACGGCGAUGGUCUUCUCGGCCUCGGCGCUGUCCUACGUGAUGCCCUCCGCCGAAUGUGACCUCGAUCUGAGCAUCGUAGACAAGGGCAUGCUGCAUGCGGUGACCUAUGCGGGAAUGAUCAUCUCGGCGGUGCCCUGGGGAUUCAUAGCAGACACCGUUGGGCGCAGACCGGUCCUCAUUUCCGGCGGCUGGCUCGACGGCUUCUUCGUCCUGUGCGCCUCCCUCAGCCAGGAUACCGCCCAGCUAAUGGCCUUCAAGUUCUUCGACGGCUUUAUUAUUAGCGGUCCAUUUGCGGUGGUGGUCAGCUACCUGGCCGAGUUCCAUGGCAAGAAGCACCGGCCCUAUAUCAUGCUGUUCGUGGGUCUGUGCGUUUCCAUCGGAUCGAUGAUUCUACCCCUGCUGGCCUACGUUUUGCUGCCGGUGCCCAUCUUCUUCAAGGUGGCCACUUUGGAGUUUCGCACGUGGCAGGUCUUCUUGGCGGUUACAUCGGUGCCCAGUUUGCUUUGCGGUUUGCUGCAUAUUUUCCUGCCCGAGAGCCCCAAGUUCCUCAUGUCCCAGGGGAAUUACAAGAGGGCCCUCGACUCCUUUCAGCGGAUCUACAAGCUGAACAAGCGCAAGAGUAGGGAGAGCUAUCCAGUGAAACGUCUCACGGAUCCAACGCCUGAUCGAUCUGCUGAUCUUGAUGGAACUGGCCGGUCCUCAACAAUCAAGGAAAGGUUCAGUCGAGCUAAGAAAAAGUUCCUUGAAGGGGUCUAUCAACUGAGGCCCAUGUUUUCCAAGCCCUACUUGGCCAUUUCUCUGCAGGUAUACUGCUUGCACUUUUGCCAGAUUAUGUGUGUAAACUCGGUGCGUCUGUGGCUGCCGCAGAUCUUCGCCACGAUGAACGCGAUGGAGUCACUGGGGGCAAAUGACACGAGCAUGUGCGCCGUUUUGGAACACAAUGCGAUGGCGGCGGCCAUGAACGAGGAGGCCAAGAGGGUGGAGUGCGCUCUACACCACGACCCGGGCAGCUACUUGGAUAACAUCAUUGUGGCGGGAAUUGGCCUGGUCGGCUUCCUGAUUAUUUUUCCGCUUAUGCGUAUUCGAAUAGUCUCGAAUCACAUUCUCAAGGUUUUCCUAUUCAUCUGCAUUUUCCUGGUGGGAGGCCUGUACUUUGUGAAGACUUCGCUGAUGACAAUGAUCAUUUCUGCGAUUUACCUGACCCUGAUGGGCAUUUGUGCCACCACGAUUAUCGGGACGUCAGUGGUGAUAUUUCCCACUCUGAUGAGGACAAUGGUUCUGCUGCUAAUCAUGACUUUUGGGCGUCUCGGCUCGGUGAGUGGCAACCUUCUGCUGCCCAUUUUCAUGCAACUUAGCUGCCUGGCUCCGUUUCUCUGGCUGUGCUCCCUGAUGACCAUUGCCUUCCUGUUUUCGGUGUUCCUAAAGGUGGACGAUCAGCAGUCGCUGAGUUAACUCAGCGAAGGAUUUCUCCUGAAUGUUUUUGAUAGUCUCACCUGCGAUGGCUUCUGGUCGCAAUUAAUAAUCAACGCAAUCGACUGUGCGGUUAAUUCAACUUAAUUACACUUUAAUCACUUGCACACACGAAA